AGAAUUUGGAGUCUAAUGCAGAGACCCCCUCCGAAGCCGGUUCCCCGUCCAGGAGGAGGAAGAGAGGAGCGCGGACUUCGAAGGACUCUGAGGCUCUGGACGAGCUCUGUUCAGGAGCGUGAGCCGUCUUUCAACGGCAACGUCACCGCAUUCGCGCUGAAGGCGAAAGUCGUCUACCCCAUCAACCAGAAGUUCCGGCCUCUGGCCGAUGGUUCCUCCAACCCGUCUCUGCACGAGAAUUUAAAGCAGGUGGUUUUGCCCCACCAGCCGGUGGAGGCGUCGCCUUCCAGCAGCCUGGGGAGCCUGAGCCAGGCGGAGAAGGAGGAGUGCAGCUCCUCCUCCAGCAUCCACUCCGCCGCCAGUGACGACAGGUUCCUCGGCCGCACCUUCCUCCGGAUCCACAGCUUCCCCGAGGCGCUGACCUGUGAGAGCGCCGACCUUGACUUGUGUAUCUACAGCCUUCACCUGAAGGAUCUGCUGCAGCUGGACGCGGCGCUGAGGCGGGACAAGCACUUGAUGUUCAUCCUGAUUUUUAAAAUGUGCCUCCUUGACCUUUUUCCGAAAAAGAAGCCUGAUGACGAAUUCUACCAGAAGAUUCUUUCGAAACAAGAAAAUGAUUUAGAGGAACUGGAAAGGGGACUGCAGGUCAGGCUGUCCCACACGGACACGUUGGGCGCCGGGGACUCCGAGUACAUCGCCCUGGCGGAGGUGGAAAGGAAGGAGCGAGAAUACUCCGAGCAGCUGACGGGUAACAUGGACGCUUUCUGGACACAGGUGGAAAGCAUCCAGCACUGUCUCGUGGACCAGUUUAAGUGUCCCAGCUCCAAGGCCCGACAGCUCGGGGCGGCUCUGACAGAAAGAAUGAUCGCAGCAGAAGGGCUGCUGCGUGACUCUCAGGACUCGCAGGCUCUGGACAUCCUGGACAGGACAAUGGGCCGGGCACACAUGGCGAAGAUGAUCGAGUUCCUGAAGCUGCAGAUCCAGGAGGAGACCAGGUGCCGCCUGGCCGCCCUCUCCCGCAGCCUGGACCUGCUGACCGUCCAAGGCCGGCUGUCCGGGCGCCAGAAGGAGGAGCUGCUCACCCAGCAGCACAAGGCCUUCUGGGAGGAGGCCGAGCGCUUCGGGAGGGAGUUUGCCCAGCGAGUCAAAGAUGUGGUCGAGGUGUCACGGGUUCGCCAGGUGGAGGGGACGGCGGAGCUCACACUGGCCCAGGAAGAGGAGCGGAGGAGCGUCCUGGAGGCGCAGCUGACCUCUGACCCCGAGGAGCUCCUGCAGGCUUUUCACGGGGUCCUGGAGAGGCAGAGGGCGAGACGCAGUGACCUGGAGGACGAGGAGACCUUCAGGACCACCGAGGCCGCGGCUGCGCUCUGCCAGGAGCUGUACCGAAGCACCGUGGAAACGUUCCAGACGUUUGUGGACAUCCUGUUCCUGCAGACGCUCCCGGGUGUGACCGGCCUCUCGCGGGCAGAGUGUGAGUACCUGAGGCAGGAGGCCCAGGAGAACGCCGCCCUGCAGCUGGGGAAGUCGGAUCGCUUCCGCAAGCAGCAGUGGAAACUAUUCCAAGAGCUCCUGGAGCAAGAGAAGCAGGUGUGGAUGGAAGAGCAUGCGCUGUCCACUGAACUGCAGACACACCUGCGGGACAACCAUGAGAGCAUCAUCCGCAACGUGCUGGGCCGGCUUGGUGGCCUCACUGAAGAGUCUACGCGGUACAUCCUGCAGGGACACGAGCUGCUCCUGCGCUCGGCGCUCCGGAGGCUGGCCCUGCGCAGCAGCGCCGUCGCCACCCUGACACACAUGCGGCUGUCCAGCAAGAGGAGCCUUCUGCAGGAGCUGCGCGAGCAGCACGCCCUGGAGCAGGGCUCCUCCCAGUGCCUGGACGAGCACCAGUGGCAGCUGCUCAGAGCCCUGGAGGCGCGCGUGCAGGAGGAGACCUGCAGGCUGGAGGAAGAGCUGCAGCAGACUCGGCUGCAGCUGCAGCAGCAGCUCCUGGCCGAGGCCCAGGAGGCGGGGCGGCUCCUCCAGCAGCACACAGAGCGGGCCGUGGGGCAGGCGCUGCUGGGGCACGCACGGACGGCCGCCACCAAGAGCCGGGCCAAGGACCGGGAGGACUUCAAGAGGACGCUGCUGGAGGCGGCCGUGGAGAGCGUGUACGUGACCAGCGCCGGCGUGGGCCGGCUCACGCAGGCCUAUUACCAGCAGGUUGGGAGGGUCAUGCAGGCCCACGAGGACCGCAGACUGGAGCAGCUGCAGACCCUGCAGGGAGAGAGAAGGGAGAACUACAAGCUGCGGAAAAAGCAGGAGCUCGGUGACCCUCCGUCGGCGGGCGAGGUGGUGGGCAGAGCUCAGGAAGCCUCCCAAGGCGUCCACCAGAGGAUGCGGGUGCAGCAGGGGAGGUUCCUGGCCCAGUUCACGGCCCACCAGCGCAUCCGCCUGGACACCUGGCAGCAGAGGGCGAGAGGCCUGGACCUCCUGGAAGCGCAGCUGGAGACCCAGCUCCAGGAGGCCGAGCAGAGCUUCAUCUCCGAGCUGGCGGCCCUGGCCCGGGUGCCCCUUGCCGAGAGCAAACCGUCCUCGAGUAAGCGUGGACCGUCAGAGAAGCCCCUAAGGACCAAAAAGAAGAAGCCCCCCGUCCGGGACAGAGGAGACCCCGGGGGGCCCAGCAACGACGACCCUGCCUCCGGGGAACACCCCUCAGGACCACUCAGCAAAAGGCUGAGCCCACAGGAAAGUGACGCAGGUGACGGGGAGAAUCCUAAGAAGCUACUGAAGAAAAGCAGCAAUUUGUAGUUUGAGGCCUGUCCUUGGGGACGGAACCUGAAGAUGGUCUGAGUGCACCUGCCCCCGCCCCCGCCCCGUGAGAAACCCGAGGAGGAACCCGCUGGCCCGGGCGAUGGCGGGGUUCCCCGUGCUCACAGGUGGAGAGUGGAUGGUGUCAAUGUGCCUGAAAAACAGUGAGUGCUGCAGACCCUGCUUCUCCGGACAAUCAGACGCGCAGGGUUGGGCACACUCUGAGUUCUGUCUUCGGCUCCGUCCCUUGGGGAUCCCUUCUUUCUGGCUCGGUAGUGCCCACCACUGUGCCCUGGUGCCCCCGACCCUGCCUCCCCUGGCACCAGGUGCUCCCUCCAGCCCUGGGCCCCUGCUCUCUGCUUCUUGGGAGUGACGGUGUGGCUGAUGUUUUCUGGGUCAGGACUUUUCUCCUCCAUGCUCA